CCUAAUUGGAACUUAACGCAGCGCUCUGUUUGACACCCACUUAGACGGCGCUUUCGAUUCUUCGAAGAUGGCAAACUGCUUCAACCUGGAGUAUGCAUCCAUAGAUCACAGUAAAUGGAGGAACCUUCCUCCUCCUCCAGGAUUUUCAAGCUUUGCUCCAAGCUCCAGAACACCAGCCAAGGCUCCAACAGCAUCAACGUCAUCGUCGUAUGCAUCGUUAAAAGACAAACGCGCUUGGGAUCUCGCCAUCUCGCCCGCAAAGUCUCUUCCUAUGCAGGCAUUUAUGUUGUACAUGUCUGGGGGAGGUGUACAAAUCUUCAGCAUGGGUAUCGUGUUCAUGCUUCUUCUCUCGCCUUUUAAAAAUAUCGCUGGUAUGAAUGCAGCAUUCGCACCAUUUGCGCCUACACCUGCAAGCGUCAAGUCACUCAAGGUCCUUCCUCUCCAGAAGAUAGCAUACAUCGCGUGCAACUUGUUAACACUUGCAGUUGGCCUCUGGAAGUGUCGUUCUAUGGGUCUUCUACCAACUGGAACAGGAGAUUGGCUUGCAUUCGAGAGUCGAGCGAUGGCACCUGAGCUGUCGCUACCAUAAUCAAGAAGUGACCUAUGUACGUGAUUGGGAUAGUGUCUGAAGCCCUAGUCAGAUCUGUGUUUCGAGAGGCUCGCCAACACACAGUUCUGCCCUACUUCAAAGCUACCUCUAAUCUGUAAUGAAUAGACAUGACAAGUCCCCGUCAUGGGUAUUAAAUUCCUAUCAAACCCAACAGUUCCAACAAUACGAACUAGUCAUCAAUUGUGGUGUGAGAAAGACGGAUGAGAUCAGCUUCUCUAAGAGCACGAGCAUAGCCUCAAGUCCACUCAGCUCGUGCGGAAGAGAACAGAUGCAACAGGACUAGGGAAAAUCAUGAUGUCUUGGCGCAACGAGAGAAACGACAUAAAAAAAGAUGAGAAGGAUAUAUGAGGCAGAA